GUCCAUGGAUACCCAAGACCAGUGUAACCCCGUGUGCGGUCCGGGUAAGUCGGUCUCCUGCCAGUAUGAGCUUGGCUUGUUGUCAACCCUCAAAACACCUGUGUUUUCCUGUUCCAUCUGCUUGACUGUCCUUUUGUCUUAAACCUUCCAUACAUUCGCUUGUAUAUGACCUAACCGUUGAUAUUGUACUUGCCGGCUUACGUCGACUGUCAAUCGUUUCUUCUUACUCUCGCUUUUUUGCAACUCAUUGACGAGCAUACCAUAUUUAAUUUUUCAUACUUAAUAAUCCAAGAUGCAUCUUUUGGCGGCGUCGUUGGCCCUCUUGCCGGCCAUUGCCGCUGCCCAUGAGGGUUAUCCCGGGCCAAGAUUGUUCGGCGCUCCGGGGAUGAAGAAAAUGAAGAUGCGGAGAGAUGCGGUCGAAAUCAACCAUAACAAGGUUCGGUAUGGUUCUGAUGUCCAAGCAAGAGGUGUGAAGGAAUCCCGCCAGAACGGAGGCACCGACGGGCGAUGCGGCGAUGACGGCAACGGAGCAAGCUGCGCGUCAGGAUACUGCUGUUCGAUCGAGGGUUGGUGUGGUAACACUUCCGAUUACUGCAGCGCACCAGACUGUCAAUUCGAGUAUGGUCCAGGAUGCGAUGCGAAUCAGAAGCCAUCCGGAUCUGAUACUUCCGGCGUCACUCGCACGAAGGUCGGGAACGUCGUCUAUGGUGGCGAGGGUAUCUAUCACUGCACGGUUCCAGGCACCGUCGCGCUGACUUACGAUGAUGGUCCUUACAUCUACACGGACGCGCUCCUGAAUCUUCUCAAUUCCUACGGCGCCAAGGCUACCUUUUUCAUCACCGGCAACAACAUUGGCAAGGGGUCAAUCGACUCCACCCCAGCCUGGGGUUCCGUGAUCCAACGCAUGGCUGCUGAGGGUCACCAGAUCGCAUCCCAUACCUGGUCUCACCAGAACUUGGACGAGAUUUCCUCUUCCAAGCGCAAGGAGCAGAUAGUCUGGAACGAGAUCGCCCUUCAGAACAUCGUCGGUUACUUCCCAACCUAUAUGCGACCACCGUACUCUGCGUGUAUCACGCCUGCCUGUGAGCAGGAUAUGGCCGAUCUCGGAUACCAUAUCAGUUAUUUCGAUGUCGAUACUGACGAUUACAACAACCUCACCCCGGAAUUGAUCCAGAAUGCCAAGGACAACUUCGGGAACGCCGUCGUCGGCCCGACGAGCACCAACAAGUACCUCUCCAUCGCCCAUGACAUCCACCAGCUCAGUGCGGAGGACUUGACCGUGUAUAUGCUCGAGCACAUCCAGGCUCAAGGAUUCCGAGCGGUGACGAUGGGCGAGUGCAUGGGCGACCCCAUCCAAAACUGGUACCGCACCGGCUCUGGUGGCUCCAUCCCCUCCUCUUCUGUCCCAACGUCUACCCCCACUGGUACGCCGUCCACCGACGGAAGCUGUGGUGGCAGUGACGGAAAGAGUUGUGCUGGCGCUGGGUUUGGUUCAUGCUGUUCUCAGUACGGCUACUGGUAUGUCGAACCUCCGGGUCUACCUGUCUAAAUGACUUCGCUAAUACUAUGGCAGCGGUGAUACCACCGAUCAUUGCGGAACCGGCUGCCAGUCUGCCUUCGGUACUUGCGGCGGCACUCCUACCGCAAGCCCAACUUCCACCCCCACUGGCACACCGCCAUCAACCGAUGGGAGCUGCAGUGGCAGUGCCGGGACGACUUGUGCCGGCGCUGGGUUUGGUUCAUGCUGUUCUCAGUACGGCUACUGC